AUGAAGUACUUGGUGAACUGUCACUUAAGGCUGAACCAACUGAAAAAUCUGACACAGAAUCUCCGACGCCCAAACAUUUCUCAACCAUGGAAAGGUGCCUUGGUCUUCUUGGCUAAUGCAGCAGGCAAGAUCGCUACUGCCGAUAGCAGAGACAACAUUGAUGCUCGUGCAAAAUAUGACCAACUAGAACGACAUUCUGAGCGACCAACUCCAGUCAAUUCAACCCGGCAAAGCGCCUCGGGGGAGUCAUCACCGCAGAUCGAAGAAACAAAGCUUCCCCUCUCAAUGGCGUCGCUUAUUCCACCUUACUACAACCGUCCAAUACUGCGAAACAAACGUUUAGCUGUGCCGCCCGCUGAAAGUGCGUAUGCUGUUCGUCCAAAUGGAACGAAUGAUUUGGCACAUAUUGAAUAUAUUGGAGACGAUGGCAUCUUGACGGCAGCCGAGGCGGAUUAUUUGAUUCGAAUGUUCUUUCUGACCAUGCACCCCUUCUUUCCGCAUAUCCCAAAAUUCUUACACCUGGCCAAGGUUUUGUCUGGCUAUCCGAUUUUACUAUGUGCCAUUUUAACCAUCGCUUCCCGUUACCACUCGCUUGGUACCCACAAUGCCGAAGGUGUGGCGAAGAACAUUGAAAUACAUGACCGCCUCUGGCUAUAUGUACAGCGCUUGAUCUCUCAGACCGUGUGGGCUGAAGCCUCGACCCGUUCUAUAGGAACAGUUUUUGCUUUUUUACUAUUCACGGAAUGGAACCCCCGUGCCAUCCAUUGGCGUUGGUCCGACUACGCCAACAAGGCCGACGACGCCACAGAUACUCGUGCGCCCACUUUCAACAACCAAACGGCCGGUUCCGUUUCGCUUGCUGACGAGCCUGCUGGAUUAGGGGCCAUGAGACGGUCCUAUAGAAUGGCUUGGAUGCUCAUAGGCUCUGCUGUACGUCUUGCCCAGGAUACGGGAUUCAUGGAGCUCAGCUCGAAAACAUUUUUGGCUACCCAUAUUGCAGAAAUCAACAGUGUGAUGAACAUGAGCAGGCGAAGUAUGUUAGGACACUCAUUGGCAGAAGUAGAAUUGGACCACGAGGAAAUUACAGAAGACGACAUGGAGCGAAGAGAAGACAAUGAGUAUAAGGUGCUAAAUAUGUCUGAGGAGGACCAAAAACGGGUUCCAGCUGAGUAUGCUCUUCAUUUCACACAUGCGCAGAGAGCACAAAUUGAGUUGCUCCAAAUCAUGUCUUUGGGUCACGAAUCCCUUUACGGGUACAAAGCGCAACUUGGCCUGCUAACACAGCGUCAAAAUCUUGCAGUUUUGAGUAUUAUGAGUCCCAUGAUAAAUAAUUGGGGAUACAAGUACAAAAGUCUCUUGGUUCCGACAUCGCCUGAAAGCAUGCGCAAGUUUACAUUUGAAGCAAUGCAAGAUCCAGAAUCGAAACAGGCAAUCGAGGUCUCACAAGCUCUCCAGAACGAGUCAUUCAUUUUUGAAUUCAACUAUACCAAACUUUAUAUUUACUCGUUGGCGUUGAGUCCAUCCUCGAAAACCAGAGAAAGUUUCCGGGAUGGAAAGCUUACUCUCAAACUUGACGAGAUUUCAAAAAGUGCGAAGUACAUUGAACAGGCGUUCAACGCAGCGAAUGAAAUUCUUUUUGUGGCCCACCGGGUUCACAAGCUAAAAAUGCUACGGUUUAUGCCCGUAAGGUGGGUCACACGUAUUGUGAGGGCCGUGGCGUUCAUUGUAAAGUGCUACUUGACUAUCACAGCCCAUAAGACGUCAGAGCAUAUCACGAAAGAUUCAAAGAGUUCAAGUGUGGAUAAUUUUGAUUCAACUAUUCUUUCACUUUCGCUCAUUUCGGUGGAGGAAAUCGUACAAAGUAUCCAAAAGGCUGCAAUAACUUUGAGAGAUUGUUCGCCUGACGAGCUUCAUCUUUGUACAAGAUAUUCGAAUGUCCUCAUGUAUUUGUACUCUGAAAUGAAAGGAAAGCUCAAGAGCACGAAAAGUGGAGAAUCAAAUGAUAAGCACGUGCCUGAGGAAGAUGCUCCAAAGCAGACCUCAAACAAUAACAUUCCGAUUGAUAAUGAUUCUAAUUUUACGACUACCAACGCAAAAGCUGCAGUUGAUUCUUUUGAAGCGGAUUCGGGUUUAUUUGGAGACAAUGAAGUUAUGGAUUGGUUUGCGAAUAACAAGAACGUAGGACUUGAUUUUGUCGGGCCAUGGACAGAAUUGAUCGAACAGCAUUUGGAAGAUCACCACUUCAGUAUUGAUGAACAAGUGUUUCCAGAAGCAUCCCUGGAAUGGUCUCAACAAUAA